AUGAAGUUUUUCGCAGGACUCGUUCUUGCUGCGCAAGCAAGUACCAAUAUUGCACUUGGCACGCUUGUUGACAACUGGUGCGGAUUCGACCUCCACGAUUUUUACGAGACUACAGGACUUGCUCUUGAAUACCGAGUGAAGCCCCGAAAGACCUGGGAAAACCGAGACGAGGAGAAGAUCGCCAAGCGACCACGAGGGCCAUCCCACUACCGAGACGUCGUCCGAGUCAACUGCGCUGUCAACACCCGUGGCGGCAGCAACCACGAGAACUUCACUCCACUUGGUGGUUACCCAACCCAAAAGAUCGCCCCAAUGGUCAAGUGCACCCGAAAGGGGCCAAACGGCACCCAGAAGCUCAAGCCCAACGCUCGAAGAUGGAGAGGAAACAAAAUCGUCGACUGGUAUCAGAAAAACUGCUUGUAA